AUGCAGACUGCUUAUACAAGCAUUUGUGAAGGACUGUGCAAUAUGUCCAUCCAUGAAAUUUCCUUGCUACUAAAAUAUUCCAUGGUUAACUGUUAGGGGUAUUAUAACAAAGUGGAAGAAACUGAGAACAACAGCAACUCAGCCACCGAGUGGUAGGCCACGUAAAAUGACAGAGCGGGGUCAGUGCAUGCUGAAGCACACAGUGAGCAGAAGUCGCCAGCUGUCUGCAGAGUCAAUAGCUAAAGACCUGCAAACUUCAUGUGACCAUCAAAUCAGCACAACAACAGUGCAUAGAGAGCUUCAUGGAAUGGGUUUCCAUGGCCGAGCAGGUGCAUGCAAG